UUCCCGUGGGGCGGGCGGCGGGGCGGGGAGGCCGAAAUGGCGGUGGAUAAGGAGCUGCUGGAGAUGGACCUGUACGGGCUGCUGGGGGUCGGCGAGAAGGCCUCGGAGAAGGAGGUGAAGAAGGCGUUCCGGCAGAAGGCUCUGACGUGUCACCCAGACAAGAACCCAGACAAACCCCGAGCAGCUGAAAUCUUCCACCAGCUGUCCCAGGCCUUGGCCGUGCUGACCGAUGCCACAGCCAGGGCAGCCUAUGACAGAGUGAGGAGGGCAAGGCAGCAAGCUGCAGAGAGGACACAGAAACUUGAUGAGAAGAGAAAGAAAGUGAAGCUUGAUCUUGAAGCCAGAGAACGAGAAGCCCAGACCCAGGAGAGUGAAGAGGAGGAGACCAAGAUAACGAGAACAUUAGAACAAGAAAUCAUCCGCCUGUGGGAGGAAGGCUCCCGGCAGCUGGAGGAGCAGCAGAGACUCAUCCAGGAGCAGAUCCGCCUGGAAAGAGAGCAGCAGAUCCCAGGCAAACAAGAAAGAAACGGAGCAGAAGGCAAAGUAACUCCCAAGCUCAAGCUGAGAUGGAAAUGCAGGAAGGAAGAUGAGACCAGAGGAGGAUACUCAGAAGAUGUUCUGCUGAGGAUCCUACAAAAGUAUGGUGAGGUGCUCAACUUGUUGAUCUCCAGUAGGAAGACUGGGAGUGCAGUGGUGGAGUUUGCAACAGUUAAAGCUGCUGAGAUGGCUGUGAAGAAUGAAGUUGGGUUGAUAAAUAAUCCCCUGAAGAUUUCCUGGCUGGAGGGGCAGCCCCAGCACAGCCCCAGCACAGCCCCUCCUGACAGCACCAGUCAGCCCAGGACUUCACAGGGAUCCGUGGUCUCGGAGCGGGAUUACGAGAGCCUGGUGAUGAUGAGGAUGAGGCAGGCAGCAGAGAGGCAGCAGCUGAUCCAGCAGCUCCAGAGGGAGGAUGAGGAGGAGUCUCACACCUAGCAGGAGCCAGGACAGCUUCCCCACUCCAGCCCAUCAUCCUUCGUUUCCAGAGCUGCUUCUUAAGUCAAUAAACAUCCUUUGUUUUUUAA